AUGCUCAAAUUUAUUAUAUUUUUAUCAGUCUUAACUACAUUAUUCUUGGUUACAAAUAUUAAUGGUUUUCUAUUUUCAAAACAUGCAAAAUGCCAAAUAUCAGUAUACAAAGGUGGAAAAGAUUUUAGUGGUGAAAAAAUUAUGGCAAAUAAAUCAUUUGUACCUUAUUUAAAAUCAAUUGGUGCUGUUGCUAAAGGAUGUAAAGUACGAGUACAUGUUAUUGAUUCAUAUAAACAAUUGAAAACACCAACUGAAUAUGUACUUUCAUCACAAAUGCCAUUAGCUCUUGGACGUGGUAUUCAUUUUAAUUUACAAGGUCCAAAAGGAUCAACGGUAUGCAAUAACCUAUGUAUGACAACACGUUCAUGGAGAACACUUCCUGAAGCUGCUUGUUUCAUUGAUAAUGUUCAAAAGAAAGGUGUUAAAUUUACAGAACCCAAUCUUUUACAUGAUGGUUAUACAACUCAACUAAGCACAUCGGAACUUGAAGCACUCAAAGUAGCAACACAAAAAUUGUGCGCACCCAAAACUAAAGGCGCCAAAGGUUAA